UCAACUCUGACAAUCAACUGUUUACCAAUUGUUGCUAGCAUUGAUAGUAUUCAAUAGUAUUAUUUUGCAGUGAAAACUAAUAGGUAUAGUUCAAGAAUGGCUUUCGUGUGCUUGUCUAUUUAAUAUAUUUUCUGGUCUAAAAGAAAAAAUUGUGUAUAUCUUCGUAAAAGUCAUUAAACUGCAACAAAAGUAAAUUGACUUGAUAAGCAGUUUUAAAAAGAUGGAAGGUACUGGAGCGUACGGUGGUGGUAAAGCUGGAAGUGCUUUUGAUCCUAUUGCUUUUGUCAAAAGACCUCAAGUUAUUCUACGUUUGGUCUGCUGGCUAUUUUCAGUAGUAGUAUUUGGAUGUAUAUCAUCUGAAGGAUGGAUGAAAACUGAUAAGGAUGAAAAAGAAGUUUGUCUGUAUAAUGGUGAUAGUAACGCUUGCAAUUAUGGAGUUGGAAUCUCAGUCAUAGCAUUUUUAGCAAGCAUGGGUUUUAUUGCUGGUGAAUACCUUUUUGAGCAAAUGUCAUCUGUGAAAACACGUAAACAUUAUGUUCUUGCAGAUCUUGGAUUUUCAGGAUUUUGGGCUUUUCUAUACUUUGUUGGCUUUUGGUAUUUGGCCAGUCAGUGGGGCAAAUCCUCUACACCUCCAAACAAGUAUGGUGUUAACAAUGUACAAGCAGCUNGGUACACG